UAAGCAACCAUCCACACACUGUUUUCUACUUUUCUUCCUUUCUGGUUUCCGCUUUCCAUCCGCAGCGCCACUUCUUCGAACCAAAUCUCAUCAUCUUUCCAAUCCAUUUCUUCCCCAAAUCACAAUAAUAAAAAAGCCUGGCAUAUUCUCUCAGACGCCUGUGUAUUUUAGCUUCGAAAGGUUCUUCUUCUUCUCCCAUUGGCACAAGGCACCCCCAUGUGCGGGAGACGAGGCGACGCCCUCGCUUCCCACCCCACGCAUCGCUUAGCCGCUCGCUCCACAAGAUCCCGUUCUUCCGACGCCAUCCCCUCCACCUCCUUAACCACCAGCUUACCCACCACCACCAAUAACUCAAGCGCCGCCGCAGCAGCCACAACCUCCUCCUCCUCAUCGUGGAGCGCAUCAUCCAUCGCCAGCCUCCGUGGCUCCCUCCCCGAAAAACCCAUUAUUUUCUCUCCCGCCGAAAUAGCUUCCGCCACCAACAAUUUUCUCGCCAAGCGCAUAUCCUCCUCCUCCUCCUCCUGGCGAUGUUCCCUACAUGGCCGUGACACCGUCGUCUUGCAGCGCUCCUUUCGCGGUGAUCCCAACGCUUUCCCCGCCAGCCUUGCCGCUGUCUGCAAGAGCCAUCACCGCAGCAUCGUCAGACUCUUAGGAGCUUCCCUCUCCGCCGACCGUAUAUACCUCGUUUACGAUUUCGUAACCGGGGCAUCCCUGUCGGAUUGCCUUCGCAACCCACGAAACCCUAACUUUACCCCGCUUUCCUCCUGGAUGUCCCGCGUACAGGUUGCCAGCGACCUUGCUCAAGGCCUCGAGUACAUCCACCACCACUCCGCUGGAGGUGGAAUUGUCCAUAACCGCAUCAAGAGCUCCGCGAUCAUCGUCACCGAGCCUCACUUUAACGCCAUGAUUUGUCAUUUCGGCGCUGCUUUUCUAGCCGGAGAUGUACCCGAAGAAGCUUCCGCCUCGCUUGGCAAGCUAAAUAGAUCGGAUAGCGGUGGGAAAAAGAUCGAAGGGACGAGGGGGUACCUGGCGCCGGAGGUGGUCGCUGGCGGUGCGGUGUCCCGGAGAUCCGACGUGUUUGCAUUGGGCGUUUUGCUCCUGGAGCUGAUCUCUGGAGAGGUUCCAGUCAAGUUUAAGUUUGAUCAGGUAAGCAAGGAGUAUCGAAGUAUCUCGCUAAUUGAGAUGGCUAGGGAGGUGUUCGGAGAAGCGGGAUUGGAUAAAGAAGGGAUGCAAUCAGGGGCGGAGGAGUUGGAUAUGGUGGAAGGGAGGAGGAUGAGGAUUCGACAAUGGGUGGAUAGAAGGUUGAAGGAUUCAUUUCCGGUUGAGGUGGUGGAGAGGCUGAUGGGGAUUGCUCUGCGGUGCGUGGAUGUGGAGGCGGAGAGGAGGCCGAGUAUGAUUUGGGUGCAGGGACACUGUUACAACGGCCUCCCGGUCCGUCUUCUCCUUCCACCAGCUGAUCGAAGCUCCGGCAAUGGAUAUGAGCAUUCAGUGCAUGCAUAGGUAGAUAUGGUUGCAAAGAGAUUCGAGAGCGCCGUCUUACUCGCUGAAAUGGCGGCUCGCCUAAGGCAAUGGCCUCAACCAUGGUCCCCAUAACACAAUCCUGCUGUGCAACCGAGCUGCCUGCCGGUCGAAUCUCCGGCGAAGGGAGUAGGCCGUCUACAGAAGAAAGUAGGCGGAGGUGGGACGCCGGUCGUAACAUUGUCCUCCCCGCUUAAUUUUAUUGUUUGGGAAGCAUGAUAUGUAAAAUGGGGUGUCGAAAAUCCCUAAUUAUUAUUAUUAUUAUUAUUUUAAUUUGAGGAAAUAAAUUUAAGAGCAUACUCAGUCUCACAUCGAUUAGGUAUAGGGCCAAAAAAUAUUAUUUAAGUCAUGGGCUACCCACAAUCUCGAAGAACUCUUUUAGAAUGUGACAAGUGGUAUCAUAUCAUAUUACUGUCUGUCAAGUGUGUGAACUCUCCAUGGUCCAAUGGGAUCUUCGGAGAAGAUGAUCCUUAACGAGGGUGUCACGUGAUUGGGUAGAUGAGAAUAUCACACACAAAAAGUCCCACAUCGGUUAGGUAGGGCUAAAAAAUAAUAUUUAAGUCUUGGGCUGCC